AUGGCGACGUGGGAAGGUGGAAAAUUUCGGGAGAUCGGUUUUUUAGGAAACUUUGAUAACAUUCUCGUGACACAUGAUCUUCAGGAUUGUCUAGACGAUAGUUUAGAUUUAACUAACUUUGAAAAAGUUUAUGAACAGAGUGCUGUGUUUGGUUAUGAAAAGUAUUCCGAUGACGAUACUCCGAUUGACGAAAGACUAUCUAAUGACAAUACUACGGAGUCAAUACAUCAUACAAUUAGCCCUCAUGAAAUUUAUAUGCGUAUUCAUUCUGGUCAAGAUGAUAUUUCAACAAGUGAAACUUCACAUGCAACGAUUACAAUUGAAAGCACAGUUCCAGAUACAAACCAAAAACAUAUUGGUCGUUAUACCUGUGAAUACGAGGGUUGUAACAGAACUUACAGUACAGUUGGAAAUUUACGCACCCACAUGAAAACACAUAAAGGCGAGUAUCGAUUUAAAUGUGCAGAACCAAGUUGCGGCAAGGCCUUUCUUACGUCGUACAGCCUUAAGAUUCACAUUAGGGUACACACAAAAGUGAAACCAUUUGAAUGCAAACACAAAGGCUGUGAGAAAGCAUUCAAUACCCUUUACAGACUGAGAGCUCACCAAAGACUUCACAGUGGUAACACAUUUAACUGUGACGAGACUGGAUGUGUUAAAUUUUUCACUACUUUAAGUGAUCUCAAGAAACAUAUUCGAACUCAUACACAAGAAAGACCUUACAAAUGUCGGGAACUGGGAUGCGGUAAAGCAUUUACAGCGUCGCAUCAUUUGAAAACACAUAAGAGGACACAUACGGGAGAACGACCUUAUGUGUGUACCUUCGGAAACUGCAAACGAUCGUUUACUACACCUCAUAGUUUAAAGAGCCACUUGAAAACUCAUAGGAGGUCGGUUAACAACGAUGAAACGAAAAACGAGAGGAAUCGGGAUGAUUACAGAAGCCAAAGAAAUAACGAGAUGUUGGAAGCAAAAAUUGAUGUUGACGAGAUAACAUCAAGGAAUGCAAAUGUGCCAUGUUAUACCAUUAUACCAUUAUUAUCCUCUAGUAAUGUAGAAAGUAAGGAAAGUAUAGCUUAUUUAUCCAUAGAAAAUCCAAGUGAUAAGUCAACUUCUACAAAUGAUAUGAUGAAUAUCUUAAGCCAAGACAGACUUAGCAAAGAACUUGAUUAUAACAUUACUAGGAGAAAUACAGAAAACAAAAAUGAAUCCGCAGAUGUGACUGUUCUUUCAUCGGAAAAUAUUAUUAUAAAUAAUUUUAGCGAACAUACAAUCAGUAAUUUUAAUAAUAACGACGAUUACGAUAAAUUUAAAAUAUUCAAUCAGGUAAAUGAUUCAAAUUUACAACGGGAUCAAAAUCAACAAUAUACUUCUAAUCCUUCGACGGAUGCUGAAGAGAGCAGGGCGAAUAAUAUAAAAAAAUUGAAUUCGAUGAACUUGGAACAAAAAAUUAUACAAGAUGGGUUGCAGAACACUAUUGCCCACAUAUCAGAAGAGACAGGGUUUACAAGUAAUGUGCAACAAUAUGAAAAUGGCACGACCAUUGUUGAGAAAGGUUACAAUAAUGAACCGAAUGUAAACACAAUUGGUGAAAACAGUAACGCGACAUUGUACAACGGUAAUUCUGUUGCUAGUCAUGUAUCAAAUAUAAUUAGUUCCUCUAACGAGACUCAACUGUUCGAUAGUGAGAUAGAAAAUUUACCAUUUAUCAACGAUAGUUUAAGAACUGGAUCCCUUAACGAAGUUGAACAGUCGCUGAAUUCUAACGUUGUUGCAACUACGCAGUCAGAGGCUAUUGAACUCGCUAUAGCGUCUGAGGAGGAAAUACCUUCUCCUUGGACAGACGUUAUGACAUUGGCAACUCCAUCCGCGUUGAGAAGGCAGUCUUGGUCAGAAUUGAACGCUUUUCCAACGGCGGUUCAUUCGUUGGUCGAUCUAGUCGAACCAGAACCAUAUCCACUACAGAUAGAAAGUCAGUUACAGCCGUUACAACAAGUGGAUAACGUAAAUUUGGUAGACGUAGAAACCAUUGGUAAGUGUACCGAAGUUACACAUUGUCAGAAGAACGAUAACGAUAACGAUAACGACAACGAUAAAGAAAGCGAAGAUAGCUUAAAAAUAAAAAAGAGUAGAAAUAUUCUGCAGGAGAUCACGGCUGAAGCAGACAUAUGUAAAUGUAUCGAUUGUAAAUGUGAUCACCUGGGAAAUUGUCAAAAUUGCUCAAGUAGUACAAUUGCAGAAGUGAAUAAAAAGCACGUGUCAUCGAAAGUGGUAGAUGAUUUCGUAUCUUGUUUGCAAAGCGAAUGUUUUUGUGACAACGAGCCCGGUGGUUGUGGGUCUUGUUGUGUUGUGAUUUGUUUGAAAACAUUACAACAAUUGCAAAAAGUAUUCAAUCGUAAUUGUUGUAAAUGA